GACCCCGACGUUGCCAUGGACACGGGCGAGACACCGGCGUCGGGGCGCCAGGCGGGUCGGGCCACCCUCGCGGCCCCGGCAGCCGAGAAGGUGAGCUCUCUGGGCAAGGACUGGCACAAGUUCUGUCUCAAGUGUGAGCGCUGCAGCAAGACACUGACCCCUGGGGGCCACGCUGAGCAUGACGGGAAGCCGUUCUGCCACAAGCCCUGCUAUGCCACGCUCUUCGGACCCAAAGGUGUGAACAUCGGAGGAGCGGGCUCCUACAUCUACGAGAAGCCCUGUGCGGAAGGACCUCGGGUCACUGGCCCCAUCGAGGUGCCUGUGGUCCGGGCUGAGGAGCGCAAGGCCAGCGGUCCACCCAAGGGGCCCAGCAAAGCCUCCAGCGUCACCACGUUCACGGGGGAGCCCAACAUGUGUCCUCGCUGUAACAACAGGGUUUACUUUGCCGAGAAGGUGACCUCUCUGGGCAAGGACUGGCACCGCCCCUGCCUGCGCUGUGAGCGCUGCGGGAAGACGCUUACUCCCGGCGGGCACGCGGAGCACGAUGGCCAACCCUACUGCCACAAGCCAUGCUAUGGAAUACUCUUUGGACCCAAGGGUGUGAACACUGGAGCUGUGGGCAGCUACAUCUAUGACAGAGACCCAGAGGGCAAAGUUCAACCCUAGGGCUGCAGCCCCUCCCAGGGGGGCAUGGGCCCAUCCGCCUCCUGCUGGCCCCUGCCCCGGAGCCCACUGCUUGGCCCCAUGGGGGAGAGCAACCAGCUGGUCCGUCCUCCCCGGCUUGUCCUGCCUUGCAAGUCCAGGGCCUGAGUGUUAUGGGGGAGGAGACCCCGCUGGGCUGUCUCCAGACGAGACCUGCCUGCCCAUCCCCGUUUCUCUGGGUGUGUCUGACUUUGUACCCCCCCCCCCCCCCCCCNUUUGUGUCCUCAUGGCUCUGAGUCCGCAUGGACCCAUGUGUCCCUGUGUGUCCCCUGUGUGUGUGUCUCCGUGGCCCUGGGUGGGUCUCUCUGAGGUGGCCAUCACACUCCCCCCUCCUGCUGCCCCAGGCCUGCCCCACAGUGUUAUUUCUGCUUCCGUUGCCGGUGACGGCCACAGCCACACUCUUCACGGUGUUCCUUGGGCGGACCGAGGGCGUCCCUGCCAGGAGCCCGCCGCCCACCCCGCACACCGCCUUGCAAGCGCUUGUCUGACACCCUCACAUGGCUCCCACGUACCUGCUGAGACUGGCUGGCAAUAAAAGGUUUGAGGAGUG